AUGGAUCCAGAAUUGCAGGCAUUAAGAGAGGCUAGGCUUCAAGAGCUGAAAAGUAGUCAGUCUGGUGAGAAGAGAGCUACGGGCGAACUAGUUCAGCAGUUCAUGGAACCAGAAGCUCUUGAAAGGCUUUCUAGAGUUGCUCUUGUACGGCCUGACCGGGCACAGGCUGUUGAGGCAUAUUUGCAUCGGAUGGUGACUGGAGGGAUGAUUAGGUCCAAAGUAACGGAGAAACAGAUAGUUGAUAUUUUAAACGGUAUUGCGAGUGAUGAGCAGAAGCGUAAAGAAACUAAAAUUAUUUUUGACCGGAAGGCAUUGGAUAUCGACGAGAAGCCCAAUAUAGGAAGUGGCGGGGGAAAAGGAGCCGGCGAAGAUUCCGACGAUGACUUCUUUGAUUGA